AUGCGCCUACCUCUCCAAGAACUACAUCCACAAAAUAUAGAACUGAGAGCGUCACCAUGAUUACUACUUCUGCACGAACGUCCUUCGAACAGACAACAGCAAAUGAGCCUACCUCUUCAGAAACUACAUCCACAACGUAUACAACAGAAAGCGUUUCAAUGAUUACUACUUCUGGACAAACUACAACCAAACAGACAUCAGUAAAUGUGCCUACCUCUUCAGCAACUACAUCCAUAGCGUAUACAACAGGGAAGGCAGAAUAUUCCUCAACGCUAGCAGAAAACGAUAUGUCUAACUCUAGCACCCAACAAAGCAACGUGUCAUUUUGUCACCCGAACCCUUGCAAAAAUGGAGGGAGUUGCCUGGAAACUCCCGAAGGCUUUCAGUGUGACUGCCCGACAGAAUUUUACAAUUCAACAUGCUCUUGCCAAGUGAUCUACACUGAAUAUAUAAAAUUCAACUAUGACAACAGAGACUACACAUUUCCCGGUAUACAUAUUCCACAAGGUGUGACGUCAUUUACAUUCGAAGUCAGCGCUGAUAGCAACGCGAUCAUCGGACUUACUGGUUAUCCCGAUCACUAUAAUAUGUACGAGAUAAGUAUCGGCAAGUGGAAUAACACCGGAGGAGCUAUCCGUCGGUGCAAUUGGAGCAAUUGGGAUUCUCCUUGUAGCUCAGAGGUCCGCCGCGAGAAUGAUCCUGCGGCAAUGGCACUUUCCGGAAUCCCAGCGUACGACCGCUUCGAAAUCUCCUUUGCUGACGGUCACAUUCAGCUUUUUCGCGAUGGCCACGACGGAGCUUUGAUGCAGUGGCACGAUUCAAGUCCGUUGGAUGUUAACUUCAUUGGUGUGUCCUCUGACUAUGGAUCUCGCGGGUUCUGGAAGUUCCCGUUAAAUUGUUAAAAAGAAUAAAUGGUCGGCCAUCAUUUUAUCAUCAUUCUGUUCGAUUGUACCAUUUUACUAGUAUUUUCAAGUCACGCCAACGAAACCGACUUUUAGGAGUGUUCCAUGAAAGGACCUUUCGGAUGUUUUACCCGACAAAGUUCUGAUAGCUGAAAGGAGUGCGUGUAAAAGCUGAUCGGCUAAAGUGGGCACUUAUGUUACAUUACCAUGAUUACUGUAGGGUGCUUAGAGAGUUCUGAUUUAAGCGCAUUCAAGGACGUUCCGCAUUUAAAAUGAAAUCCAUAUCAUUUUCACCAAAUUUGGUCAGACUUACUUUAGCACUUUAAUAUUCCAAAAAUGCAAAAUUUAACAUGGGUUUAUUUUCUUGAUUUCUAAGCUUUGACGUUCACCCAUUUGAAAGGUAUUGAGAAAUACGCAAUAAAAAUCAAUGUGCAUUUUUAGACCCCACGAGAUUACAACGUUAAGUUUAUACCUUUAUUACUCCGUCAAAAUCCAUUUAAAUUUCGCCAAAUUUUACAUUAUAGUUCAGAUCUAAAUAAUUAAGAUAGAGAAUCCACUGAUACUACUAUUCGUUUGCUAUGUUAAGGGGGGAGCAGCACCUUCAAUUUUGAAAAUCGGACAUGAAAGACGACAAAAUCAUGUACAAAAUUUGAAAUUUAUAUAACAAAUUUAGGAAGUACAACAAAUGCUGGACUUUAUUAAAACCCAUGCUAUUUUCACCAAUCUUUGCAUGGUAGAAACAGGUAUACUAAAGAGGUUUGAACCUUAAAUAUCGGGGGUUCAUGUGCCUGUUUUCAAACUAUCAGCACUUGUUUGGAGCAAAUGUGCUUUUAAAUACACAAAAACGCGCCAAAAUGCUUGUAUCUAGAAUUAUAAGAAAGUUCUACACCACUAUCCCAUUUAACCAAACUCGAGAUCAUAUUCGUCAUACUUCGCAGCCCUGUAGAGUAAAGGCCCCCUCACACCUAACCGAAUUGCCUGAAAUAUGCCUUGCGAUGGCUGGCGAAGUGCAAUUUUUUAUCGUUUUCAAUGGUAACUGAUAGUAAAAUCAUAUUUACCCUUCGUGUUUGAGUUCGUAACUUCGUACACCUUCGUACAUUCAGAAUUAUCGCGCAUAGUCCCACAUCGCGCAUUUGCCAAGGUGGACCGAUCUUGGAAGAACCCUUAACUAAGCAACACGAUGACACAAACGUACAAGAACGCCCGAUCUAUUCCCUCAUCAACUAUUGCUCACAGUUCGUUCAUCUGAUUGGGUUAUAUCAUGAAGCUAUUAUAGCUUCAUGGUUAUAUCAGCCCUUCGCUCGCCUUCGGCUGUAAUUUACUCAAACAGGUGAACCGAAAAAUCGAUAUCCUGCGCAUGUCAUAUUUAUCCGUCGCUUACCGUUCGUUGUUAAAAUUUGACAAUAGUUACUGAUCGCAUGAUUUGACGGAAAUUAUAUUGAAUUCGUUGAAUUCGCGUACGUUUCGUGCAUUUUUUCCCACUCGUCACCCUUCGUCCGCCUACAUUCGGUCAGGUGUGAGGGGGCUUUAACGUAUUCUUUAAAAACUUAGUUUAUAGAUUAUUUUCAGCUAUCAGCUUCGUAAAAUAACACAUCAAGUUUUGCUGUUAGAGAACUUAUGACUGAAAAAAUAGGCUGAUACAUGUAGCUGAUUACUCACCUGUUCCCUUAUUGUGACGUCAACGCGCAUAGAUUAAAAUAUGCGCAGAUAUGGAUACGCAGAAACAUAACUGGGGAACGUCCUUAAGUAAUUAUAAUUAUUUUUUACUAUAGUUUCAGCCAUUAAGGAUGGUUGUCAGAUCUGAAAACCUGUCAAAAGGCAUUUGUUGAUGAAAGGUAGUCAAGACUAUACAAAGUUAUUGGUAUACUAUCGGUCGGGUUCAGUCGGUUUCGUUGGUGUCACAGUCGUACCGAUGGAACUCACGCUUGACGAUUAAAGCCAUAGCGUUGUUUUGAAAGGCGCACCAUCAGUCGAGUUGAGCCGGUUUCGCUGGUGUGGCUGUACCUUCACACCUGGGGGCCGUUUCAUAAAGCUGUUCUUUAAUAAGUUAAGAGCGACUUUAAGAACGACUGGUGAACCCUUCUUAUACGCGCUAAACAAUCGCCAAUUCAAUUCCAUUUACCACAAGAAAGGGUCACCAGUCGUUCUUAAAGUUGCUCUUAGCUUACGAACAGCUUUAUGAAACACCCACCUGUUUACAAACUAUACAGAAUUAGGGUAAAUAGGUCUUUAAAGAAUUCGAACAUAUUUUUUUAUAUUAUAUAUUAUAUUUAUAUUAUUAUAUUUUUUUUUUUCUUGGAUUAGCAAUGACUCAUUCGAGGUAUGGGUUGUCUUUUUAUCUGACGGUUUGGUUGCGAAAUGGAUUGAUUAAUAUGACCAUGAUCAUAAUAAUAUGUAAUAACAAUAGUUACAUUUGUAUAGCGCUUGAUACUUUCUGUUCUGAAACUCCAAACUUGUGCAUGAACGACAUAUUUCCAUUAAAAAUAUUUGCUGUGACUCUCAAAAGAUGUGCACGGACCGGAAAUGCCCCCUCCCCCCUCCGGACCCGCCAGUGACCAAGUACCUUAAUACCUGAUAACAUACCUUAAAGAUAAAUGCCAGUAGUUGCAGUAAACACUGAUUUCAUGAGAAAGUCUGUAAAACCAGGCUUAAUUGUCAGUAUAUCAUCAAGGAUCUAGAUCUGGUACAGUUACAUAAACUGAACUUUGUGAAAUCUUGAAAUCUACGCUGAAAAAUGUUCACACUGACGAUCACCAACACAGAUAAGCGCACACGGGACAGUGUAUUAUUACUGCUUUGAAUGUCAGCCCGACGCUUGACCCGAAUCAUGUGCUUAUUUGCUAAUUUCUCAGCAAUUACACAAUUUCUUCCAGAAUCCUUUGGCACAUAUUUUUAUUUAUACAAACAGACACUUUGGUGGUCAUUUCAUUGGAUUCUGUACGAACUCAUUUUGAUAUCGUUACCACAACUGGCAUUUACCUUUGGCCUUUUAGCAGUACAGAGCAAUGUUUUAUACAUAGCAAAGUUUUCCCGGCUUUAAGCCAGGAGCCCCGCAUUUAGCGAGGUAACAUUCAUUACUCAGUUACCUCAUUAUUUUUUCAUAACAUGCGAAAUGAUGAUAAUCAUCAUAACUUUGGAAACGGGCCAUGUCGUGAGGACAUAAUUGAAUAGUUGUUUAUUUUCGAUGUGUUUCACAAUGAAAAGCAGCCCAAUCUAAUACGGGAGAUAUCAAUAAAGCCAUUCAUUAAACUUUCGGAAAGAUUCAGUACCACUGUUAAUCAUGAUAACUAAUUAUAUCUUUUCAGAUGAAUAAUGCAAUUCAAACACGAAUUGAUACGAGAUCCUUAUGAUAUUCGACCAUCUUACUUGGUGUACCACGGACCGGCGAGGCCCGUAGUCAUAAGUUUAUAGGGAUAUCACGAUAUGCAAUGAUGUUGAUUGUUCCUCUCGAAAAAGAGAGCUUGAUGUUUAUAUUCCUUGCUCAGUUAUUGCGCCCUCAUCGCUGCUGCUCUGGACAGGUAUCAUCCAAUUUCCCCUCCAACUGAUAGAUACAUUAUAAACAUAAUAAUAAACGAUGUCGAUGAUGUUAACUUACCCUGUAUUUUUACUUGAUGUUUAACUCCAGGGCACCUUAAAUGUACAUGUAGAGCAGUUUUUCAAAACUAAACAGGCCAACCCUGCAAAAUAACAAAAUAAAUAGAUAAAUUAAUAAAUACUAUACUCCCUGGCUCCAUAAUUGAAAAUCCCCAAUAACAAUGUGUUGGUAAUAAUAUUGUUUGAAAUCGAAAUAAUUAUUCAUUUUCAAUGAGAUUUUCUGCAUAUGCGAAGAAAACAAAAUGUAUGCAUUAUCUAUUUUGACAUCGUAAUGCCAAAACAUUCACAACAGCAAUACAAUAAUCGAUUUUGUUAAUUCGUAUAGAACUACAAGAGGCUGCACUAACUGGUUCCUGGUUUGUUGCAUGUUAACAUACAUGGUUAAGAUUCCUCUUUUUUUUCUUUUUAAAAUAAAAAAAGAGGAAUCUUAACCAUGUAUGUUAACAUGCCACAAACCUUUUAGAAACAAUGCAACCCCCCAGAAAACAAACAACUCUCUCUCUCGAACGAUGAACUACUAAAAAGGUGUUUUCUCACUUGAAACAAAGUAAUAUGAAAGCAAACUAAUAAAAAAAUAUAUAUAUUAAAACAAAGCUAACACUGAAGAUUUGAAGGAAACUGUAAGGAAAUAUGGUUAUCACCUAUGGCGGGUUUUUUUUUACACGACUAAGUUAUAGCAAAAACCAAUAUACAUCCAUGUGCAAUGUGUCGUUAGGGAUUCGAAUGAGCACAGUUGAUGUCGCAUCUUCUUCCUUUUAAAUCGUAUCACGUGACAUCUUCACAGUUUGUGCAUAGUCUGCAGGCACAGACCCUGAUUGAAACUUUGAUCAAGAAGUGUGUCUCCACGCAAAGACUAGCACAUACAAAACUUGCUGUUUCAAUCCAGGACCUUCAGUACACAAGGCAUGAGUAGGCUGCAAUUCAGACCCUUAACUCGAGUGAAAUUUGCACAGCAGACUAAUUUGUGCACGUGAUUGAAGACAUACACGAAUUUCUUCGGGUAUACCCAACGUUAAUUGUCCCUAUAAACAAAGCAUUAGAUCAGAGCGAGAUUGCAUGUAAACAUUCCAAUAGUCGUCAACCUCCGGAUUUCUAUGAAUGAAUUGGAUUCUGUGAUUGAUCGCCCAUGAUCACGGUGGAUUUUCUGGCGGGAGAAAUCGGAAGAUGUGGAUGUCGUUUGACACACACAUUGUUGUAGAGCGUAUUGUAUUAAACAUGUCAAAGGGGAAGGUCCACCCUGACAAAAUGUUUAUUGUAAAACUAGCAUAAAAAUGAUGGAAAAAAUAUUGGUGAAGGUUUGUAGAAAAUCCAUUAAAUAUUUUUAAAGUUAUUAGAAUUUUAAUUUUUGGAUUUGUGACGUCACAUGCGAGCAGCUUCUGAUGUAUCGUGAAUGGAGAAUAUCAAUGAAAUGUCAUUUUCUAAAAAAGAAAAAAAAAGGAAAAUGGGUUAUAUUGUACCUUUAGCAUGUUUAGUAUAUCAACAGACAAGUUAUUUCACACCCGCUCCUGAAAGAAGACAUUUCUUAGUCAUUACGAACCAUUAAAUAAUUGGAAUUUAUGCAUUUUAUAUUGCAAAACAUAUGGGGCAGCGGCUCGUAUAUGACGUCACAAAUAGAAAUCUUGAAAUUCAAAUAACUUUCUUACUAUUCGAUGGAUUUUCCUCAAAUCUUUACCAAUUUAUUAUUUUUUUUAUAAAACACAAUUUCGUCAGGGUGAAUUUUCCCUUUGGAGAGACGGAACGUCCGCAAUUAUAGUCUUACUCAUUCAUGUCAUUGCGUCAAAGAUAUUGUUGUUGUUCAGUUCUUUUUAUAUCUGCAAUUUUUUAAAUGAUAUUGCCAUAUUUCUAUCUGUUCUAUAUUGUGCAUGGGUAUUUAUUAUUCAUUUAAAAUGCUAUGCUUUUUUGUCAAGUGUGUGCCUGUGUUUGGGGAUGAAAAAUAGAUAUUGGUUCCGUGCCUGGUAAAAAUCGAUAUUCUGCAAAAGAGUCCACUUCGAAUAGCACUAGAUGAAUUGUAAUUUCUUUUUUAUUUUCAUUUUGUGCAAGCAAAACAGUUUUGACUUGGGACAUUUACAUUUACACAAUUUGUUACACUCAUACAUGGUCAUCUUUUGAUAUAUGAAUUAGACGUAAUAUCAAUAUAAUACUGAUUAUUAACAUCAUAACAAGUUUUCCCGUCAUUUUGGGAUGAUAAAUGCCUGUCAAAAUUAGUCUUACACUUUCAAACUUUACCUUUGAUGAUUUUGUUGUGAUUUUGUUUGUGUGCGUGUGUUUUCGUCUGUGAGCGAUUAGUGCUUUCUGGUAGUGAUGGUAUCAAUAAAAGGAAUUAGUUUCAUGUAA